AUGUCAGGACCACCCCCCGUGCGAGGAGGCCUGUCCCUCUACGCCAACCUUCUCGACCCCAGUGGCACAAGCGAUUCGACAUCUGCCUCCAACGAUGCCGUCGCAAACAAGCAAGAUGACGCCCCAGCAAAGAAAGCCGUGAAUCCAGCAUUUGCCUUCCAACCCAUCCGACGACCACAAGUCAAACAACCAAACAAGCCCAAGCCCACCCUUCCCAAAGCGCCACCUUCCAUCUCCAUAGCAGCAGUCGCAGCAACCGUCAAGACAUCUGAGCUCGAAAACAAUGGCACAACUGAGGUCACAACGACGUCAACAGCGAAUGCCGCAGCGCCCCAACAGCGCAGUACCCUAGCCGACUGGGUAGCCACCGAAGAUGACGAGUACCUCUACAGCGGAUCCAACAACCGACGAGAACGCGGCGGGCGCAGAAAGAAGAAAAAGAAGAACGAUGACCGACAAGUCGAGACGAAUUGGGACGAGCUCUACGAUCCAGCGAGACCGACAAACGUCGAAGAAUACCUGCGCAGUGAUGAGCGCAUCAGGGAGAUUCGCGAUUGGAAGGCAGUGUUGUAUGCGCAUAGACGAAAGAGGAGGGAUAGCUUUGAUAGCAGGAGGAGUGAUGAGGAUGAGGAAGAAGAGGAUAGGAGGGUGAUGAAUAACCAGUUCGCGCCUCCAGCUUCUUUCUCGUUCGCACCACCAACCAUGUCACCACCACGAGCUACAACGACGACGACAUCAGCACACGUGCCAGCGGUGUCAAUACCAGUAGACGAAUCUGCCGACGAAGCCUACGCUCGCAGACUAGCACUAUCAGGCAUGGCACCACCACCAUCACAACCACAACCACCUGCAGCCGAACCAUCAGUGCCAGACACAGCAACAAUCUCCCGUGCCCCAGUCCGCUACGAAGCCCCACCACAACCCCCCUCUGCCCCAGAUGGCUCCGGAAAUGACGCCAUGGAUCUUGACUCGGACGACGAAGACGUUAACUACGACGCCAUCCCCGUCCCCCUCGGCACCGGCUCUGCUUCGCCUGCUCCCGAAGAUGCGGACGCUCCCAAAUCAAAACUACCUGGCCAAGCCGGCUUCGCCGCCCGUCUCAUGUCCAAAUACGGCUGGACUGCUGGCUCGGGCUUAGGCGCCUCCGAAUCAGGCAUCACCACCGCCUUGCAAGUCAAAGUCGAGAAGCGCAAGAAGCGGUCCGAUGCUGAAGGCGGCGGGUGGGCGGAGCCUGGUGGGAGGGGGAAAAUCAUUGCUGGGAAACCUGCUGCUGGUAGCUCGUCAAAGGGGGAAGAACAGGACGGUGGUAAGUUUGGGAAGAUGAGUGAGGUGAUUGUGUUGGAUCAUAUGCUGGAUGGGAUGAGUGAUGAAGAGUUACGACAGGAGGUGGAGGGGGGAGAUUUGUACGAGGAGAUUGGGACAGAGUGUGGAGAGAAGUACGGACGGGUGAUGAGGUUGUUUGUGGAGACGGAGGGGAGGAGGGUGUUUAUCAGAUUUACCGAUGGGGUUUCUGCUUUGAGGGCUGUCAAUGCACUCGAAGGUCGCAUCUUCAAUGGCAACGCGAUCGUUCCGAGGUUUUAUGACUUGGAAAAGUUUGAGGCGGGGCUUCAGUCUCAGCCGAAGCCUCAGCCCCAGCCUCAGGCGCAGGAGAACCAGCCGCAGGCGCAGGCGAACCAGGCGAACCAGGCGCAGCAGGGGCAGCAGGAGAACCAGGCGCAGCAGGGGAAGCAACCUCAGGCGCAGGAGAACCAGGAGAAGGAGAAGGCGACGCAGGCGUAUUAG